AUGGCAGCAACAACGAUGGCAGCUUUAGGAGCUUUAUAUAGUGGAUAUAAAAUUGUAGAUGGCUUAACUGGUGGAGCUAUAACAAAUACUUUACGAAAAAACACUGGUAUGAUGGUUGGAGCAGCAGUAAAACAUCUUAAGUCGGAAAAAUUGAAGAAGUUAGGUAAUUUUGCUGCAGACCAAUCCAGCAACCUUCUUGGAGACAGCAAUCCAAUUACAAAGAAUUUACAUGACUUCAGUGGUCAACUGAAUGGAGAAAAAUUUAAUUUAAAUCCUAUUGUCAAAGAAAAGAAACCAGAACCAGAACCUGUAAAACAACCAGAACCUGUAAAACAGCAACCAGUACAGCAACAAACUGUGGUAAUGCCUCCAUAUGCAGGUUAUGGAAUGUAUAACAUGCCUUUUGAACCAUUUGACCCAAAGAUUGGAGGUUCUAAUUGGUACCAUUAUGGUAAAGGCAGAAAAGCAGCUAAAAAAGAAUAUGAAGAAAAGAUGGCGGCAAAGGAGAAGAAGAAAGAACAACAAAAGAAUAAGAAGAAAAGAGUUAUGAAAGAAUAA